UGAGUCGCGAUGGAGGCAAAACGAACUCUACCACAAAUAUCCACAAAAUGCCCUCCGUUCUCUGGAGAUUUCCUAUUCCAAAACCACCGAAAACCCGCAGAAACCCAUUUUUAUAAAGUUCCUUUUUCUUCAUUUUUACCUGUUUAUCUGGAAGCGUCGACAAUGGCGUGGGAAGAAGAAGAAGAAUCUGAAUUAGAAUGGGAAGAGAAAGACAUUCCAUUCGACUUCGAUUUCUUUGACCUUUUGUCUCAGCCUAAGGACUACUAUAGAAUAUUGGAGGUUGAUUAUGAUGCUACAGAGGACACCAUUCGAUCCAACUAUAUCCGUCUUGCAUUGAAAUGGCACCCAGAUAAGCGGAAUGAUGAGGACAGUGCAACUUCAAGAUUUCAAGAGAUAAAUGAAGCCUAUAAGGUGCUGGCUGAUCCCGUCAAGAAGAGAGAAUAUGACAGGAGCAGAAUACUGCAUGCGCAAGAUUGCAGUGUCAUUGAGUACCUUCAUCGGUUCAAGGGUCUGAUCUUGACAUGCAACGGCCUUGGGAUCAGGCAUUCUAUAUGGUAAGUUACCAGAAAGUGGAGAUCCCUGCCAUACACACUGGGUUGGCUUCCGUUUCUGUCUUGAAAUAGCUUAGAGCAUAACAUUGAUGAAGACAAAAAAUGAGCAGGCUUAAACUGACAUGAUGGAUCUUUGUGGAUGUACCGAUACUGAUAGGACUGUUUUAGUGUAUGAUUCCAGUAAAAAGAUGGAUGUAUAAAAUGUUAAUCUCACAAGCUACAUGUUUUCAGAUGCUUCUGCUGCCA